ACGUUCUAAGUGCAACUCUAACUUUCCAGUAUCCUCAGUAUGCCUUUCUACAAGCUUGCCCUUAAUGCGACUUCUGGUUGAAUUAUCCAGCCAGUCAAGAGGCAUUCACUACGCCUCCAACGCAGCUCAGAAGCAAAACCGUCAUUUUGUUUGCCGCAGUCUGAGAACUUUAACUCAGCUCCUGGGCCCCCGUGAGAACACCCGAGACCGACGUCUCACCGAGUCCCGUCUCCUCCCUCUCUAGCUGGUUCCCAGACCUAGUUCGGUUCUAACGUUGACCCGCGCAGAGCGCAUGCCUGUCACUUGGCCUGGAACCCUCAGCAGGCGCCGCCCGCCGCUCCUCGCGCCCCUCCCCACCCCCCCCCACCCCCGUCUGGGGAAGUUGCGUCAUCACGCUCGCUCGCCAUGUCCCCGGAUGCACUUUUAUAUCUGGAUUCUUAGAGCGGACUCAGAGCUCCACGGUGCCGUGCGCGCUCAGCACAUGCGCGACGGCUCUGCUCCCUCUUCCUCCCCUUACACCAGCCUCCACCGCCCGGGCAGCCGCCGCCACCGACGAGUCAGGAAGUUCAAGAUGGCCGCCGCCGAGGCUCCGUGUCUGCGGGAACAGUCGGAGAUGGAAGAUGCUGAUAAUUCUGAAAAGAGUAUACAUGAAGAAAAUGGAGAAGUGUCAGAAGACCAAUCUCAAAAUAAGCACAGUCGUCACAAAAAAAAGAAGCAUAAACACAGAAGUAAACAUAAGAAACAUAAACAUUCCUUAGAAGAAGACAAGGAUAAAAAACAUAAACAUAAGCAUAAACAUAAGAAACACAAAAGAAAAGAAGUUAUAGAUGCUUCUGACAAAGAAGGUUUGUCUCCAGCAAAAAGAACUAAACUUGAUGAUUUAGCGUUGCUGGAAGACUUGGAAAAACAGAGAGCCUUGAUUAAAGCUGAACUUGAUAAUGAGUUCAUGGAAGGAAAGGUCCAGUCACGGAUGGGGCUCAUAUUACAAGGUUAUGAAUCUGGCUCUGAAGAAGAGGGGGAAAUUCAUGAAAAGGCAAGAAAUGGAAAUAGGUCUAGUUCUAGAUCUUCCACUACCAAGGGGAAACUUGAACCUAUGGACAAUAAAAAUAGGACAAAAAAGCGAAGUAAAAGCAGAUCCAAAGAACGGACUAGACAUAGGUCAGAUAAAAAGAAAAGUAAGGGAGGUGUUGAAAUAGUUAAAGAGAAGACAACUAGGAGCAAAUCAAAGGAGAGGAAAAAGUCUAAACGUCCAUCCAAAAGAAGUAUUUUCAUGGACAGAAGGUCACGGUCCAAAGAGAGAAAAUCAAAACGGUCUGAAACUGAUAAAGAAAAGAAGCCAAUUAAAUCUCCCUCUAAAGAUGCUUCUUCUGGGAAAGAAAAUAGAUCACCCAGUAGAAGACCUGGUCGUAGUCCUAAAAGAAGAAGUUUGUCUCCAAAACAACGUGAUAAAUCCAGAAGAAGUAGAUCUCCACUUUUAAAUGAUAGGAGGUCUAAGCAGAGCAAGUCACCUUCUCGAACUCUGUCUCCCGGUAGAAGAGCUAAGAGCCGAUCCUUGGAAAGAAAACGAAGAGAACCAGAAAGGAGACGACUUUCUUCCCCAAGAACACGACCUCGUGACGAUAUCCUCAGUAGACGUGAGAGAUCAAAAGAUGCCAGCCCGAUUAGUAGGUGGUCUCCAACCCGAAGAAGAGCAAGUAGAUCUCCCAUUAGAAGGAGGUCUCGCUCCCCACUCAGGCGGAGCAGGUCUCCUAGAAGAAGAAGCAGGUCCCCUCGGAGAAGGGACAGAGGUCGGAGAAGCAGAUCACGUUUGAGAAGGCGGUCUCGAUCACGGGGUGGUCGUAGACGUAGGAGCAGAAGCAAAGUAAAGGAAGAUAAAUUUAAAGGAAGUCUUUCUGAAGGAAUGAAAGUUGAACAAGAAUCUUCAUCUGAAGAUAACCUCGAAGACUUUGAUGUAGAAGAAGAAGAUGAAGAGGCCCUAAUAGAGCAGAGAAGAAUACAAAGGCAAGCAAUUGUUCAGAAAUAUAAAUAUCUUGCCGAAGAUAGCAAUAUGUCUGUGCCAUCUGAACCCAGCAGCCCCCAGAGUAGUACUCGUACACGGUCACCUUCUCCAGACGACAUUCUGGAAAGGGUAGCUGCUGAUGUUAAAGAGUAUGAACGGGAAAAUGUUGAUACAUUUGAGGCCUCAGUAAAAGCCAAGCAUAAUCUAAUGACAGUUGAACAAAAUAAUGGGUCAGCUCAGAAAAAGCUGUUGGCACCUGAUAUGUUUACAGAAUCUGAUGAUAUGUUUGCUGCAUAUUUUGAUAGUGCUCGUCUUCGGGCUGCUGGCAUUGGAAAAGACUUUAAAGAGAAUCCUAACCUCAGGGAUAACUGGACUGAUGCAGAAGGCUAUUAUCGUGUGAACAUAGGUGAAGUGUUAGAUAAGCGCUAUAAUGUGUAUGGCUACACUGGUCAAGGUGUAUUCAGUAAUGUCGUACGAGCCAGAGAUAAUGCAAGAGCCAACCAAGAAGUGGCUGUAAAGAUUAUCAGAAACAAUGAACUCAUGCAGAAAACUGGUUUAAAAGAACUAGAAUUCUUGAAAAAACUUAAUGAUGCUGAUCCUGAUGACAAAUUUCAUUGUUUGCGGCUCUUCAGACACUUUUAUCACAAACAGCAUCUCUGUCUCGUAUUUGAGCCUCUCAGCAUGAAUUUACGAGAGGUGUUAAAAAAAUAUGGUAAGGAUGUUGGUCUUCAUAUUAAAGCUGUAAGAUCCUAUAGUCAGCAGUUGUUCUUGGCAUUGAAACUCCUUAAAAGAUGCAAUAUUCUACAUGCUGAUAUCAAGCCAGACAAUAUCCUGGUUAAUGAAUCAAAAACUAUUUUAAAGCUCUGUGAUUUUGGGUCGGCUUCACAUGUUGCGGAUAAUGACAUAACUCCUUAUCUUGUCAGUAGAUUUUAUCGUGCUCCUGAAAUCAUUAUAGGUAAAAGCUAUGACUAUGGCAUAGAUAUGUGGUCUGUAGGUUGUACCUUAUAUGAACUCUAUACUGGAAAAAUUUUAUUUCCUGGCAAAACCAACAACCACAUGUUGAAGCUCGCCAUGGAUCUCAAAGGAAAGAUGCCAAAUAAGAUGAUUCGGAAAGGUGUAUUCAAAGACCAGCAUUUUGAUCAAAACCUCAAUUUCAUGUACAUAGAAGUUGAUAAAGUAACAGAGAGGGAGAAAGUUACAGUCAUGAGCACCAUUAAUCCAACUAAGGACCUUUUGGCUGACUUGAUUGGGUGCCAGCGACUUCCUGAAGACCAGCGUAAAAAAGUACACCAGCUAAAGGACUUGUUGGACCAGAUACUAAUGUUGGACCCAGCUAAACGGAUUAGCAUCAACCAGGCCCUACAGCAUGUCUUUAUCCAGGAAAAAAUUUAAAUAAGAUGAAGAAGUUCCAAUGGUUUGAGUAAUUAAGUACAGACUGAAGAAAUUUCACAGCAGUUUAUUAAUGUAUAUAAACUUAUAAAUAUUUCUCCAUCAAAUUUGAGGAAGCAUGAUAUAUUUGAAUUAACACCAAGGGUGAUGUUUCUUUUAGAAAUGUUAGUUAAUCUGUUUUGUGUCUUAUGUGAAAUUUCACUGUAGAACUGUUUUAACUGCCAAGACUGCACAAAAUUAUAGUGCUAAUGUAUAUGGUUGCAGUUCACAUAAAAGACAAAAGCAUCUUGUUAUAAAAUAAGUAGUAAUGCUGGGUGGUUGAUUUAUUUUUAGCAGACUUGGCUUCAUUUUGGUCUUCAGGUAAAAUGGCCAGCAUAAAUGCUGUUUAUAUUCACAUUUUCCUAGGUAUGUGUGUGCAGGCCACAGCAGCAUGCCCUUGGUGUAGUCAUUGCCGAAAGGGGUCUGUUCCUUCUUGAGCCUGCCUGCAGGGAUGGUCUCCUCUUUUAAAGCAGGUUGUGUACAACAUUCAGUACACUGAAGGCAUAAACCUUCCACUCUUGAACAAAGCAGCUGCUUUUUAAAAGCGGUAAUUGCUUCUUUACCUUUAUUUCUUUUGUAAAUGAAGCUUUUCUUUAAGAAUGUGACUUUAAAGUGUUGUCUAUUGCAUAAAACAGUUGACACUCACUUAUUGUAAAGUGAAGAUUGUUCUACUGCAUGUGAAGUGGCCAUGCAGAUUUCUGUAUGUUCUCAGUAUGCAUCACUAGAUAAUAAAGUCUUUUGUGAACAAGG